AGCGACUCAACGGAAAGCAUCAACACUAGAGACACAUGUUCAAAGAUUAUUACGCCGUGCUGGAUGUCUCGCCACGCGCGUCCGGCGAUGACAUACGAACUGCCUUUCGGCGUCUUGCGCUUCUCUAUCACCCAGACAGAGCACCAGCGGGCGGUGUGGAAGCCGUACAUGGUGCGCAGCCGAAGGACGGUUCCCUUCCUCUCCAUGACUCCCCACUGUUCGACAACAACAGCUACACGAAUGCCGCAAUUUCGUCGCCACUGCCACCGCAAACAGAGGUGCCCUUACUAUGCAUUUCCAACCUGAGAGCGUUUACGGAUAUCCAAGAGGCCUACGAGGUUUUGGGCGAUGUAGCGCGGCGCUAUUUGUACGACUUGAACUAUCAAGAGGCGUUAUUGGAGCAGGAGCGGCAACGGCAGGAGGAGGUGGCGCGCCGUGAGGCCCACGUGCGAGCUGUCGAAGAAGCCACCCGACACGCCCGAGAGCGCGAGCGGAGGCGGCAGCUGCACACGCAAGCGCUUAGCCAAACGCGGUUGUCCGCGUCGCCGCUGCUGUGCCCCGCGAACCACGUCGGGCCUUCGCCCCCGACGAACCCAGAUGCGCCCUCUCCGGCGGCGGUGGCGGUUUGCUUGUCGAGCGAACUACCGCCGAACACGAGGGUACAACACGUGUUGGACAGUAGCGAAAAGCAGACUUGUGCUGGGACGGUUGACGAGCACACAUUAGAAGACGUUGAGGUGGCCGGACUAGAUAACGGUGGUGAUGGCAUCGGUAGUCGCGACACCGUUUACAGCUCCACGGCCCCCCUAUUGAGCUCGAUGCGUCAUCGACAAAGAGGUAGCGGCGAUGGCUGGGAUCGCGGAGGCUUCAGCAAGACAGCAUCGAACGCGACAACAACCGCACGAUCGAGGCUUCCACCGAAGCGGCUCGUACUUCCGUCGCAAAUAACGCUGUCCGCAUCAUCCACCUUUCUCAUUGCGAACCCGAUCUCCUCAGCAGCGGAGCCGCACCGCGCCAGCACAUCGACGCUGUCAACGAGGGCCGCCGGUGGAAGAUACGGUGGCAUGCGGGACACCUCCGCGGAGCUUCCCAUGGAGUACUACCUUCAGCGAUCGAUUGAGCGGACGUUUCGGGUCUUCUUCGGUGUUUCUAAAGCAACGUAA